UACAAAAGUGUAUAUAUAUAUAUAUAUAUCUAUGUAUAUGGGCAGGCAGCAGCGCAAUGCAAAGUCAGAAGUGAUCAGCUUUAAAAACAAGAAAUUGAUUGAAAGCAUGGCUUCUAACAGUAGUGGGCAGCAAUUACAUGCUGUGGAUGAUGAAGAAAGCCAAACUGUCGGAACCAAGAUUCAACCUCUCCCCUCUACUCCACCUCGAACUAAGAAUUGGACGGUUGAUCAAGAAAAUAAAGGACAACUCUCUCCUACACUAACUGAUGUUCUGGGCUUGGAUGAAUUUCUCACUUUAGAUGUUUAUCGAGCAUCGGUGGGAGAGCUUCUUGGAACUGCGGUUCUAGUGUUCAUGUUAGACACGAUUGUCAUCUCGACAUUCGAGUCUGACAUCAAAAUGCCGAAUCUCGUACUAUCUGUUCUGGCUGCUGUUAUUAUUACAAUCCUGCUUCUUGCAGUGCACCCCGUCUCCGGGGGACACAUCAACCCCAUAAUCUCCUUCUCCGCGGCGCUGGUGGGCCUAAUCUCCAUGUCGCGCGCGCUGGUUUACAUAGUUGCUCAGUGUGCAGGAGCAAUUCUAGGUGCACUAGCUCUGAAAGCGGUAGUGAGUAGCGCAAUCGAGCAGAAUUUUUCACUCGGCGGUUGUACGAUAACAGUUGUGGCGCCAGGCCCAGAUGGCCCUAUCAUGAUCGGCCUCGAGACGGCCCAAGCCUUCUGGCUCGAGAUCAUUUGUAGCUUUAUUUUCCUCUUCGCGUCGAUAUGGAUGGCGUAUGAUCACAGACAAGCCAAGCAAUUGGGACACGUUCUUGUUUUCAGUAUCGUCGGGGUGGUGUUGGGGCUUCUCGUGUUCGUCUCGUCCACGGUCACGGCUCAAAAGGGCUAUGUCGGGGCGGGCAUGAACCCAGCGAGGUGUAUUGGGCCGGCGAUCGUUAGAGGUGGCCAUCUGUGGGAUGGGCACUGGGUGUUUUGGGCUGGGCCUGCUAUUGCUUGCGUUGCGUUCUAUUUGUACACAAAGAUCAUACCUAGACAGCAUCACAGGUCCAAAGCCUAUGACCAUGAUUUCUACAACGUUGUUAAGGUCAUGUUUGGAGUUAAGUGAAAAGAGGAUGAGAGUGUGUAGGAAUUUCUUGCUUUCUUUGCUCAAACCUCUUUACUGCUUUAUGCAUCAAUGAGUAAUAUGUUGUAACCAACAAAUUUUACUGUAUGUAUCUUAAUUAAUCUCCUAAAUGAGAUUUGUUUUCAAUCAAA